CCCCCUCAACCAGGGACCUGGCCCACAACCCAGGCAUUAAUCAAACCCAAGACUCUUUGGAUUGUAUCCUGGCACUCAAUUCACUGAGCCAUAUCAGCCAAUGGCUGAAAUUAAUUUCUUGACCGCAAAUUAUAAACUGUAACAUUAGUGCAAAGUUAGUAAUGCAGGUGUGUAUGAAAAUUACUCCUGUUUUUUUCUCCUUCCUGAAAGUUAGGAAGGAGAAAACCUCCACCUCAUGGAUCUAGGGAACCUUACUAGAGUGUCAGAAUUUCAUCUUCUGGGACUCUCAGAGGAACCAGGACUGCAGCCCCUCCUAUUUGGGCUGUUCCUCUGCAUGUACCUGAUCACUGUGCUAGGGAACAUGCUCAUCAUCCUGGCCGUCAGCUCAGACUCCCACCUGCACACCCCCAUGUACUUCUUCCUCUCCAACCUGUCCUUGGUAGACAUCUGUUUCACCUCCACCACCAUCCCAAAGAUGCUGCUGAACAUCCAGACACAGAGCAAAGCCAUCACCUAUGCAGGCUGCAUCACACAGAUGUAUUUUUUCAUACUGUUUGGAGUGUUGGAUGACUUCCUCCUGACUGUGAUGGCCUAUGACCGCUUUGUGGCCAUCUGCCACCCCCUGCACUACAUGGUCAUCAUGAACCCCAAGCUCUGUGGACUGCUGUUUCUGGUGUCCCUUAUCAUGAGUGCCCUGGAUUCCUUGCUACAGUGCUUGAUGGUGUUGAGGCUAUCCUUCUGCCCAGGCUUGGAAAUCCCCCACUUUUUCUGUGAACUCAGUCAGAUGACCCAACUUGCCUGUUCUGACACCUUUCUUAAUAAUGUUGUGAUUUACUUUGUAACUGUGCUACUGGGUGGUGGUCCCCUGGCUGGGAUCCUUUACUCUUACUCUAAGAUAGUGUCCUCCAUACGAGCAAUCCCAUCAGCUCAGGGGAAGUAUAAAGCAUUUUCCACCUGUGCAUCUCACCUCUCAGUUGUGUCCAUAUUUUAUGGCACAAUCCUAGGAGUGUAUCUCAGCUCUGCUGGUACCCACAGCUCACAGUCAAGUGCAACAGCCUCAGUGAUGUACACUGUGGUAACACCCAUGCUGAACCCCUUCAUCUACAGCCUCAGGAAUAGAGACAUAAAGGGGGCUCUGAAAAGAUUCUUUGGAUGGCAGUUACAAAAGGGACAAUCAUUCUGAGGCCAAAAAAGUAACCUUGCUUUCUUGGCCCCAAGUCUCAAAACUGUAAAUGGUGAUUCUUUCAUCAGAUUUUGGGUUUUAAACUUGCUCCUUUUAUUUCUGUCCUGGAAUUUCCUUUGUUUUUUUCAACUUCUCCAUAUAGUUUAAGCCACCAUUUUAUUAAGCUUUCUACUUUGUCUAUUAUAUAAACAGUUUUUCCUUUUGUCCAUUUUCCAAAAAUCAAAAAGUUUUCUCAAACCCUGAUCAGAUGUAUUCGGAAGUGUUUCUUUACUUCUGUGGCAACAUUGAUGUCUUUAGAAUAAUUUCUUCUCAGAUAACAUAUAGGGCCAGCAGAAGUAAGGCUUGCUUGAGUGUGGUUGGUAGGGUACGUGAAUACCUCACACGAGAUGGACAGCAAUUUCAACAUUUCUCCUAAAGUAUCAUAUGGUGUGUUUGACUAUGAUACUGCUUUGUUACAGAAUUACAUGCUUAUGAUUGUAUAAGAAAAAGGAGGUGUUAGUGGUGCUGGACCAUGUAUAUCAUUGUAAGUAGUUACUUCUUUUUUUAUAGAUAGAAUAGUAGUAAGUGGUAUGACUCGUGGAAAAACUUCACUUGGCUACUAAGUCCUUUAGAUAAUUUCAUUCCAUAAAAAUCUGAAACCUCCAUUUUUACCUUGUGUCCCUCAUUCUCUGUACAUCAGUACCCUAGCGUCUCUUCCUGGGGAUGUAGACUUCAUCAUUAUUCCCUGUAAGUCUCAGCCUGUUGACAGUGAUGCUAUAGGAUAGGAAGGCCUGGGCACUGGCCUUGGGUCCUUCUACUAGUUGCUGAGACCACAGUCAAUGUUGUGGCUGGAUGGGCCCUUAUGGUCCUUAUUGUAAUUCCAAACACCAUCAUGAAAACAUAACAUUUAUUAUACACAAGUCAAACACAUCUGAAAGCCACACAAGAUGGUGUGUGUGUGUGUGUGUGUGUGUGUGUGUGUUUGCAUGUGCAUGUAUCUCUCUGUGUGUGAAAGAGGUAGAGAGAGAGACAAAGAGAGAGAGAAUGGACUUGGACUGAAGUGUUCUGCCUGUAACGGGGUUCAAGAGCAGGGUGGUUAGGGUUUUCAGAUUCUCUUUUUAUUGGCAAAUUCAAAACAUAAGAGUGGGAAUUAGAGUUAGGAAAUAAAAGCCAGCAGCAUCCAUGUGGUCAGUUAUUUAGGUUACUCAGAUUUUUCUAAAAGGGGAAGUUUAUCACAUGUUAAUUCUUGUAUAAAAAUUACAAAAGUUCUGUGUAUAUUCCUGGGUGUAAUUCCAAAUGAACUUUGUC